AAAGCCAGCUUGCUGGUAAAUGGCAGGAACUUGUGCCCUAGAUGGUGGUAGUACCUCAGCUGGGCAUCUCUCAUCAGCCAGAUCCUUACCUCAGGGAGUUGGCCUUCCGCCAUGAAGGACACAGAACCCAGGCCACUACUGUGCAGAGGUCCAGGGCCCGCCAAGUACCUCCGGCCACCCUGCACGGGCUACGUAGACCACGACAUGUCCAUGUUUCAGGAGCCAGCCUACACCCUGCACACCCGGCACUCAGAGAAGCGGAUCACGGACAUAUGCAGCCCUGGGCCUUGCUAUUUCUUGGAUCCUAAAAUAACUCGGUUUGGAAUGUCCAGCUGCCCUCAGGUUCCCAUGGCGGAGCGCGUCUCUAACCUGCGCAUGAGCCCCACUCCUGCCUCCUGCCAUUAUCACUUGGAGAAGACCCGCCCACCCGGGGAACGCAGGGCUCCCCAGUACACCUUUGGCUACCGGUGCCCAUACAGAGUGACGGACCCCAAUCCAGGCCCCAACUGCUACCAGCUGCCACUCCUGCUGGGCCCCAACCUCCCUGCCAACCGAGCUGCCCCUUGCUAUAGCUUGGCCUCCUCGGACAAGAGCUGGUUCCACAGGGAGCGUGUGGCGGGAGGCCCGGGGCCGGCCGCGCACGCCCGGCCUGAGCCGUCCGUCUACCAGAAGCGCAGCCCUGCCUACAGCCUGGCCAGGCGCUUCUCCUGCCUGGUGGACCGCACCCCUCGGCCCGGGCCCGGCUCCCACGACGUCCAGCUGGUCACGCUGCACAAGCCCCGCACCCCCGCUUUCGCCAUGGGCAUCAAGCACUCCCCCCACCUGUGCCCGCUGGUCGUGGACAUUCGCGACUGAGGCCCCUCCUCGUACACCCACACCCCGUUCCCAGAAGUUAUUUUUCUACGACAUUGAGCAACUUAUCAAGGUUUUG